AUGACCGAAAAUCACAAUACCAACUGCUCGAAGCCUCCAAGCAAAGUAAUGGCAGCAGUGCUCGAAGGAACCCUGCCAUUGAAAUAUGUGACGAAUUCAGCAGAAGAUGGAGCCCUAAACAAAGCGGCGUCGAUAGAGCUCAAGCGAUUCUUAAAGAGGGCGCCGCCAAUGCAUAAUAGUCGAGCUUUUAUCGAAGAAAAUCUUGCCCAAUUUUCUCUUUCAAAUUCUACUCUAGGCCCAGAAAUUAGCGUAAAAAAAGAGAACAAAAAGUUUGGCAUUACAGCUGUCGUGGAACUUGGUAGAGGGCACUUACCCAUGGCUGGGGAACACAAGUCGAACAUUCCACCUCAUCCACCACAAGCCGAAGCACACCAUGCAGUCCAAGAGCCGACACCUGCGCUGCCAGUCGCACUAGAAGCAAUGCCACCAGAAUCUUUAUUCGGAGUGCUGCCUACCACCGCUCCCGACGACGUUGAUGAUACUUCGGGCUCGGCCUCUCCUGCGAGUUCGUCCUCAUCGGGCGAAUCUGGGACUUGGCCAGAUGAGGCUUACCAAAAUUCAAGUUCAGGGCCAUUCAAUGGACAUAUGGGACCUGCAAAUGGUGAGUGCAUUCCGACUUUUAACUCUGCCGAUCUUUCUUAA